CUGCAACACACUGGAAGGAGAGUUCUCUUUUUCACUGAUCAUUUGCUCAGUAGAAACGUGGUCCAGGCAGAGCCAGCCUAGGCAACACCCAUCACUGCAAUGCUGACAGAAAUAACACACUCACACUGACCAUUUGUCAGGGCACAAAGUUUUGAUCUGUUUCCACAAGCGGACCUCAUGGUGAUGAUGGCAACUCCGAACAGCAGCAGCAUGGCUACCUCUAUUAUUAGCAACUGCACCAACUUAUAUGAUCAUCGUGGGUGGGCGCACGUACUCCUACCUGUAAUUUACACUUUCAUCUUCAUUGUGGGUUUGUUGGGAAAUCUUUUGGCACUGCAUGUCAUCUGGCCUAAUAUGAAAAAGAUCAACUCCACUACGGUUUACUCUGCAAACCUGGUUGUGUCUGACAUCCUUUUCGCUCUCGCACUCCCUCUGCGAGUGGCUUACUAUGCCAUGGGAUUUCACUGGCCAAUGGGAGAGGGCUUGUGUAAGGCCUCAGCUCUGCUGUUCUACAUAAAUAUGUAUGCUGGAGUGAACUUCAUGACCUGCUUGAGCGUGGAUCGCUUCAUUGCUGUGGUGCUCCCGUUGCGCUUCAGCUGCUUCCGUAAAAUUCACAAUGUGCGAUAUAUCUGCAUCGGGGUGUGGAUGCUGGUGCUGGCCCAAACUCUGCCUCUCCUCUCCAUGCCAAUGAGCCGUGAGGAGCAUGAUGGCUACAUCACAUGCAUGGAAUACCCCAACUUUGAGCAGGUUGAAGGCUUGCCCUAUAUGCUGAUUGGUGCAGUGUUCCUUGGCUAUGGCAUUCCUUUGGUAACCAUCUUGCUCUGCUACUCUGCUCUUUGCUCCAAACUGCGUGAGCUAGCCAGGACAAACCAGUUGACAGAAAAGUCAGGCCUUAGCCGCAAGGCCAUCGGUGUGAUCUGUUGUGUCAUCCUGGUGUUUGUGGUUUGCUACAGUCCAUAUCACAUAGACCUGCUGCAGUAUAUGAUCCGAAAACUUAAAUACCAAACAGAUUGUGAUGAACUGCAUGCCUUUCAGAUCUCCCUGCAUGUCACUGUCAGCUUUAUGAACCUCAACUCCUGCUUGGACCCUUUCAUCUACUUCUUCGCCUGUAAAGGCUACAAGAAGAAGGUGCUGAAGCUGCUGAAGAGGCAAGUGAGCAUGUCGUUAUCUAGUAUGGUUCGGACAUCGCCAGAAGAAUAUUCUAGAGACAUUGACAAAAUCAACAUGAGCAGCAGAGUCUAUCACAGGGAAAGGAGCAGCAUGAUAGUGAGUGACUGAGAGACACAAAACAUUUGGAGUAGCUUCAAAAGGACCAGAACAAAACAUGAUGGCUUGUCUAAAAUCAUCAAGCAGGUCAUAUCAUAUCUAACAGCUCGAUGUGGUAUAAUUUACUGCUUUUCUGAGUAUGUAAAUAUUUUAUACUUGUCAGCCUGGUCUGGUAUUUGUUUACUAUAAUUUCUUUAUUGUGACAACUUUCCUUAAAUGGUUUAAAGAGUGAAAAUUUGGAAGAAAAGUAGUUAAAAAGGUUACACCUUAGGGAAAGUCACUAUGUGGUUUAGAUUUCUCUUUUAUGAUCUCCAAACUAACAGUGCCACCCUCUGUCAGAUAUAUGCAAUAGUUUCGGUUAGUUUAGAGCUGGACUGAUCGGAGAAGUGGCGCAGCCGGUAUCUUACACACAGCUGCAGGGUCUAGGAUGAAGUGAUUGCUAAAAAUGAAUGAGGAAUGAAAGAGGGCGACUAUUAUAUAUACAUAUAUGUAACGUGCAGGAAUAUGAUAGUGGUAUUACCAGGAUUAAAAACUUUGCUUUGCUUUUUUGCAAUUAGUAAUGUCACUUGCAUCUAUGGAAAACUGUAAAAAAUGUAUGAGGCAAGGGAAACCAUUUUCUGACAUAUUUCAGGAAAAACAGACAACAUAAUCAGAUUGAGACAUUAAUAAGAUGAAUUACUUUCCUGAUGAAAUGGAACUGGGCAAAACGUACAUUAUAAACCCGGUAGACAUGGUGUAUGUCAAGGGAAGUGCCUCAAGAGGGCAAUGUUACACAUCUUACCACAGCAUGUGCUCAGUCUUUACAACACUGAUAAUUUGCAGUGUCAGAAAUGCAAAGUAUACAAUCCAAACGUGUUUCAGUAUUUUUGUAAUUGGAAGCAAGCAUUCACUGCUGUCCAAUAAAUAAUAAUCUAAGAAUAGACUUACCCAAAUAAUCUUCAGGCAGGUUCAGUUUAUUCAGUCAGGGGAAUUUUUCAAAUAAAAAAGUUGAAUAUUACUCUCUGAUUAUCAAUGACUCUCAUCAUUAAAAUGUAGCACCUGAUCCAGGACUGAUAUAUAAUACUGAGAGCAGUUAAACUACUGACAGUUAGAGGAAGUGAAAGUUAUGGUAAUUCCCGAUUUGUGAAAACACUUCUCAGUUCAACAGAGGUAGGGUUAGGCUUGCAGCCAAAAGUACUUUCAGUUCUUUUUGUAGUGUCAGGUCUUAUAUGCCAGCUAUAUGAUGGGUAUAAUGGGCAAGCAGAGAAUGAUAUAUAUAUAUAUGCUCAAUGAUACAGAAAAGAGGUCUAAGAAGAUUUAACCAAAUAAAGUGACAAUGCAAAAUAUAAAAGGUCAGACAAAAUGUAAAAAUAUAUAGAUAUAUAAAAAAAAAAAUCAAAUAAAGCAUAAAUAAUAAAGCACAAUUUAGCAUCUGGAAACAAAAAAAAGAAAGAAAUACUAUUUGUAUUAAUCUGACUGUACAUAGUAGAUGCAUGUAGGUUAGAUCUAGUAGACAUUUAGUUGUGCUGGUAUUGUAGAGCCUGGUCACUGUAAGAAUCGAUGUUAUAAUGUGUGUUAUAAUGCGACCUUUUAAAGGUUCUAUCUGUGGUUUUAAUAUAUUAAAAAUACCCAACGUUUUGAUACCCAAUAUGAUAAAGUCAGUUUGUAAGCUUUUCAUGUUUUGGUGUAAAACCCAUAUACAUAUAUACCCACCAUACAAAUACAGGAAAAGUUUUUCCAAUCUUCAGCUGUCCAGUUUCUGAGAGCCUGUGCCUACUGAUGUUUCAGAUUUCUGUUCUUGGUAGAAUGGAAUGAAACCUGAUGUGGUUUAUUGCUUUGUUAGCCCAGCUGCCUCAAGUGUUCACCUGUUGUGUGUGAAAAUCCCAGGAGAGAAGCAGAUUCUGAAAUACUCAAACCAGCCCAUAUACUUCCAACAACCAUGCCAUGGUCAGAGUCACUGAGACCACAUUUAUUCCUCAUUCUGAUGUUUAAUUGGAACAUUAGCUGAAGCACUUGACCUGUUUUUGCAUUGAGUUGCUGUUAAAUAAUUGGCUGAUUAGAUAAUUGCAAGAAUGUACAAGUGUUCCUAAUAAAUCAACCCAGUCGUGUAUUUUUAGUUGCUUGUAAAUAACUUUUUAUUUUCUAUUAUACAUAUCCAACUCAUAACAUUACAUAUUAAAAUAGCACAUCAACAAAUUUUAAUUUUCUUUUAAAUGUGUAUAAGAAUUUAUUUAUGUAUUGUGGGAGUCGCAUAAAACAAGCAACUGAUGUAUUUAUUUUGUAUAUUUUAGGACUGUGAGUUUCAGGGAAUUUUUCUAGUAGUAAGUGAAUUACUUAAUACUACCAAGGCUGCUAAAUCACAGGCUUCCUUUCACACUGUUUCUCAUGCUGAAAUAGAUUUGAAAGCAUCAUAGCUGAUGCUUAAUGAUGACAAAAUCCAUACACAUGAAUGUGUGCAUGUGUGCAGACCUAUAGACAAUGGGAUUAGAUUAUGAUCUAAAAAAAAUUUGUUGAGGGCUGAAGACAAAAAAAGAUGUAUUUAUGACUUCUCACUGGUGGUCUGGUGUUCCGGGAUUUCUUGCCGCAACCUUUUGUCUGAAAUCCCCUUAUGACAUAAAUAAACAGACAGCAGGAAGUGCAGGAGGAAGUGUUUUGUGAGAACAGAAAAACAAGGCACACAAUAAACAUAUACCUAACCUGACCUUUUAGAUGUAUAUACAUUUACCUUUUUUUAGUAUAAUUGUGUUGUCUGUAAACCAUGUGUAAAUGCUGAUGGCCUCUAGAUAUAUAUAAAGAUUUUUUUUU